UCUCGGAAAGAAGAGCAAGGUAGUGAAGAAUUGUUAUCACUAGAUAAUGAGAAGGCUAGUGAAGGACAUGAUUUGGGAUGGUUACCUGCUUUUCCGCACGUGUUGUUAGCUUCUAUGUCUAAUUUUCUGUUUGGUUAUCACAUAGGGGUAAUGAAUGGUCCUAUUGCUUCAAUUGCUCAAGAGCUUGGGUUCAAAGGAAAUCCAAUUCUUGAGGGACUUGUAGUGAGCAUAUUUAUAGCAGGUGCAUUUAUUGGAAGUAUAAGCUCAGGUUCUCUGGUAGAUAAACUUGGUUGUCGGCGAACUUUUCAAAUUGAUACAAUACCGUUGAUACUUGGUGCAGUUAUAAGUGCACAAGCCCAGUCCUUGGAUGAAAUGCUAUGGGGAAGAUUUCUAGUCGGCCUUGGUAUUGGUGUGAACACAGUUCUUGUUCCAAUUUAUAUUUCAGAGGUUGCUUCAACAAAAUAUAGGGGUUCACUGGGAACCUUGUGUCAGAUUGGUACUUGCGUUGGGAUUAUUGCAUCAUUGUUUCUAGGAAUUCCUGCAGAAGAUGAUCCACAUUGGUGGAGAACAAUGUUCUAUAUUGCAAGUGUCCCUGGUGUUGUUCUUGCACUUGGUAUGGAGUUUGCAGUGGACAGCCCUCGCUGGCUAUGUAAAGUAGGUAUGUUGAAUGAUGUCAAAGCUGUUAUCAGUAAUCUUUGGGGAGAAUCUGAAGUUGACAAAGCAAUUCAGGAGUUUCAGUCAGUCAUAAAAAAUGACGGUAGUGAUCUGGACAGCCAAUGGUUGGAACUCCUUGAGGAACCACACUCAAGAGUUACAUUCAUUGGAGGUGCCCUUUUUAUGCUUCAACAAUUUGCGGGCAUAAAUGGAGUCCUUUAUUUUUCAUCAUUGACUUUCCAAGAUGUUGGAAUUACAGAUGGUGCUUUGCCAAGCUUAUUUGUUGGAAUUACAAACUUUGCAGGUGCACUUUGUGCAUCUUACUUAAUGGAUAAGCAAGGCAGGAAGCAGCUUCUAAUCGGAAGUUACAGUGGUAUGGCAGUUUCAAUGUUUCUUGUUGUCUGUGCUAUCAGUUUGCCGUUAGAUGAAGAUUUGGGUCACAACUUAUCAAUUCUUGGAACUCUUUUGUACAUGUUCACCUUUGCUAUUGGAGCUGGCCCUGUAACUGGUCUUAUUAUACCAGAGCUCAGCAGCAGCAGGACACGUGGGAAGAUCAUGGGAUUUAGUUUCUGUGUUCAUUGGGUUUGUAAUUUCAUGGUGGGUCUAUUUUUCCUCGACUUAGUGGAGAUGUUUGGAGUUGCUCCAGUUUACGCUGGAUUUGGUGGUGUUUCUCUGUUGUCAGCAUUGUUUGCUUAUUACUUUAUAGUGGAAACUAAAGGACGCUCUCUUGAAGAAAUAGAAAUGUCAAUGAACUCCAAUUACCAAGCUGGAGAUAAAUGACUGGCAUU